AAACCAGUCUGACUGUAACUACAUGUCAACAUCACAACCAGGGGGGAGAAAAAUUUAUAUUCUGUGUAAUAAAUUUAUAAAGUUUGUCCACAGCUCCAUAGGGAUUGCUGCAGGAGGCAGGAUUUAUGACCUAUACUGCAGCCCGAGGGUGCUGUUCUCGCGGUGGCUUCACCCAGCAAGGAGGCAGACUCUGUCCAUUCUAUAUACUAUGGUAGGUACUUCCUUUAUACCCUCCAAAAACAAACACUAUUAUAUAAUUAACCUUAUUAUUUUCUUGGUUAAGUGGCAUAUCAAUAAAUGUAGAUAUAUUAAUAAAAAUCCUUGCUUUAUUUUUUUCAAAAAUGAAACCAAGCUGUAUAUUAAUACUAUUAAAAAUUCUAAGUUAUCAAGACCAUACAUUUAUGUACUUUAAUGUUUUUCUAUAAAGACUCCUGUUUUCCUAUAUGUGUUGAAUUGUCCUGUUCUGUUAAAUGCUCAAUAAAGUUUAUUUAAAAAAUAGUUAUUUGCCCUGUUAGUGGUUGGGCUGACGUUAAAUUAAUUAAAAAAAAAAAAAAAAGUUGAGCCACUUCAGCUAAAUCUGGUGUAGUUUGACCUCCACAACAGCAGGUGGCGUUACAUGUGCACACAUGAUUGUGCGAUCCGCCGUAAAACAAGAAGAAGAAAAAGAACAUCCAGACCGGUAGGGGGCAGUGCUCGGUGUUCGGCUGCGCUAUAAACUGACAACAAACGGAGGAAGUCAGACGGUAUCGUUUGUUGGAUAAAGCUCAUUUUUUCUUUUUAAGAUUUUACUUUAUUUUAUAAAGAUACCAAAGUCGCCUCUAUACUAUUCUCGCCUGGAUACUAUUCUAAAGUAACUCGUAUUCGGUCCCGUUAUUAAACAAAGUUGGUGUUAUUAAUAACAACCUUAAAUCCGUCUAAAAGAGAUUGCUAAUGCUAACUUUAGGUUUGUAAACUUCCGGUUUGAACAGAAAACAUUGAAAUGUCAUUAUUAGAUCUAUAGUAUUUAUAUUAACUUCAGUUUUCAGUCUCAGCAGUUUUAAUGGCUUCGUUCGGUUUUACUCGAGCAAAUGGACUAGAUGUUUUCAGUAUCGAGUCGAACCAGAACCAGUCCGGGUCCAGAACCAGCUCCUCAGUCAGCGGAGCGGAGGUCCGACAGUUCUACGAAAACCUGAUCCAAGAUGAGAGCCAGAAAGAGGGGUCCAGAAGAACCAGGAGCAGGAGAGGACCCUGCAGGGACCAGCAGAGAGUCCGGACUUCAGAGACGGACUCUGGGCCCCGAAGACCCCAAAGAGGAGGUCCAGACCUCCCAGAGAGGACCAUGGAGCUUCUGGGACUCAGACUUCUGCGCUGUGCCCAUGAGGGGGACAUCUCAGGCCUCAAAGACCUGCUGUCGAAGGGGGCUGACAUCAACUACCAGGUAACUUCCGGUUUACUGUCCAGGUGAGACAGCAGGUGAGGACCUGUUGGACUUGGAUCUGGGUUUUAAGUUCUCGUGGUCUUUCUCCCCUCCAGGAUACUUUCUUCUGGACCGCAGUGAUGUGUGCGAGCUGGUCCUGUCAGAGAGCCGCAGUCAGGCUUCUGCUCCAGCGUGGAGCCGCCUGGGUCGGAGUGGUCGACACUCAGGGCAGAGAUGCCAGAGACCUGGCUCUGGAAGGUACGAGUGUGAGGUUUUUAUUUCAGCACCAAGUUUCUGUGAUGUUGUGAGACGAAGAGUCAGAAUCAGAAAACUGCUUUUCAUUACAGCAACUCCAGUGCAAAUAAGGAGAAAUAAUCAUAAAAUAAUAAGUAAAAAUAAAGAGAUAAUAUGUAAGGAUGUACACUAUAUACAACACAACAUAGUAAAAUAAAAUAGUAAUGAAUAAACUCACUUUUUGUCUGUCUGCCAGCGGGCCACAGCGAGGUGGUGGAGGAGUUGGAGAGUUACGGGAGAAGCCCACAGACAGAAACCCAACCUGACAGCAGGUGAGUGUCGCCUUCUCCAAACCUCAGUGAGUUUCCUGCUCUGUCACGUAGAACAAGUGGAACAGAUGGAAAAGGAACAUGCUUGUGUAUUAAGGUUAUGGAGCACGAGCGUUGUCUAAGCAUGACCCUGUUUAAAAAGCCGUACAGAGAGGAGGAGCUUUAAAGAUCGGGUGUUUUCAUAAAUAAUAAGUGUACUUAUUAAUUCUAUUUAUGUUCUAUUUUCUUGUUAAUAUAAUGUAAAUAUGCCAGAGACUGACUGUUUUUUGAGUAAAGGAGAAGGUGUAGGUUAUUAAAAAGCAUAAUGCUUCAUCCUCCUCCUUUUUUUAUGUUGAGUUUGAAAUAUAUAUAUAUUUUAUUUAACUUUUUUGCUUUGGUUAUUGUUAUUGUUGUUUUGAAUAUUUUCACUGGUUUUGUUUGUUUUCAGUUUACUUUCCUGUGUUGCACAAACAUGUUUGAAAAAAACAAAUAAAUGAAAAAUGUGAGUGUGUAAGACGACCAAAGAAGUGUGGACAUCAAAUCCACCUGAAGGUCCAGUAUGAGGUUGUGUUUGAUCUGAGACAGAGUAAGAGGUGAGGAAAGGUGCUAACGGAGGAGGGGUGCAUGCAGAUGAAGAGGGACAUAAAAGGAACGUUUCUGAAUUAGAAAAAAGAAAAACAUACAGGGAAACAGGAUCGUGACAUUUUGAAAAUGUUCUUAUGUGUAAAUAAUAUAAUUAAGAAUAAAUAAUCCUGUCUUACUUGCUGGACUUUAGGACAGACCUGGAAAAAAAGAGCAGUGAACUGGUCCUUUAACGUUCUCCUGUUGCUUCUGUUUGUUUUGUCGGCAGCGUCUCUCAGCUCCAGUGGUGCGGUGUGUGUCGUAGUGAGUACAGCGGCAGUCAGUCGUCACAUCUCUCCUCCACUCUACAUCAGUUCAGUCUACGACGCCCCUCACCUACGCCCUACUACUGCCUCCCCCCCUCCAGCAACAGCUACAAGAUGAUGGUUCGGAGCGGCUGGAAACCAGGGACAGGGCUGGGGCCUGAGGGAGAGGGUCCGAGACAACCGGUCCCUACGGUGCUGAAGAGAGACCAGGAAGGUCUGGGGUAUGGACAGGUGAAAAGAGCGAAAGUAACCCACUUUAAAGCCAGGGACCGUGAAGCAGUUAAACCUCCAUCAAAAGACAAGGAGGGAGGAGGAAGGAAAGGACAGAGGAAAGAAGAAAGGAGGAAGGAGAGGAAGGAUAAAAACUGGGAGAGAGAUUUUCGUGCCUCUUUUUAUACUUGACUCACUUAUCCAAAGGUGAUCAGCAAACAUUAAACCGGUUUCUAAAGGAGAUAUUUGGACGUGUUUUUCCAUCAGUUGUAUUAGUGUGUUCGUGAACUUCCUGUUGAUCUCCAAACUGAGUCAAAGGGUGACGGUAAUCUAGUUUAUCUGGAGGCAGAGAAACUUGAUCAGAGAUCUGGAGCUGAAUUCUGCUGAGUGAUCGCCGAGGUUUGUCCAGAAUUUCGCUCCCGUUCAUAAAAGUAGGUUGAUGUUAUGUAACCUAUCUCUUUGUAGGAGCUCCAGAUACCGUCUCACCUACAUUAGCACACCUGCACACAUGUGACUGAUGAGUCACAUGUUUAUGCCGUGCUGCUGGAUCAGCAUACCGCUCAUGUUUUCACUUCCUUUAGUAUUUAGUCAAAGUCAAACUCCCUGCAGUCGUUUACAGAGACGUAUUUUCAAAGUGAGCGUUCCCUCGGGCGACUUUUCAAGGUCCAAACAGUUUCAGCAUUUUAGUAAAAACAGCUAAACAGAGGUCCUCAGCCCCCCCAUAACACGACGUGGUCCAGACUGUCCUAAGUCCAGGCGAAAGAGCAAAGGUGGCCAUCCUCAAGACUUGACGACAUCUGUCACCAGAGUGUGUCUGUGUCGGUUAUAAUAACAUGUUCAUUAGCUCUGGUUUAUACACCCUCCAGUUUAAACCUCAGAGUCCAUCUUCAAACUAACCUUCAGUCCUCUAAUAAGCGAUCCAUUAACAGAUUUAUGCUGGAGAACUGAUCGUAGCUCUGUAUGACUGUUUUCACAUCUUUAUAUUUUUACAGGAAUAUUCAUAAAUCGGUCUUUGAAGGGCAAAAUUAAAACGAUCAAAGUUUAAAUCAGAAAAAUUAUACGUCACAAUUUAAUCCAGACAUCAUGUAGUGGAAACAGUUCUUACAUAUUCGUCCUGCCGAUCGUAGACAAUCAAACGUUCUCAUUUAAAGCAGAUAAAUUAAACACACCAUAUUCCCAAAGUCAUCCCUCAGUGACUCGGUUACUUUGUGUUAAGCGCCUUUAUGUUUUCUGCCAUUAUGUACAUUUUGUUUUAUUCAUAAUUUUUCAGCUACCAUGAUCCCACUUGUAUCACUAAAUGUGAAAAUGAGCAACAACAGGCAGAGUGAAUGUGCAGAGGAGGACACACUUCACAGUCUUUUCACUGAGGAGCUGCGGGACUCCUCCUGAUGAAAGAAUGAUCCUCCAAAUAAAACAUAAAACAAACUUUACAAAAACCACGUCUUAAAGUCCAGACAUGACCUCUUUACUGUCACCUGUUGUGUCCUACGAUGACUCUUUUUUUACUGAAAUACAGAACUAAAAUCACCGCACACACUCCUGUUAAUGCGUGUGCAAACACUGAGAUCUGUUGUGUGACUGAGCAGCUUCACCUGAAUCCAUCCUGACUGUAAUAGUAGUAUUGUAUUUAUUUAUUUAUUUAUCACAGAUUAAAAACAGUGCAAGGAGGGAACGAAGCCUUAUACAAAGUAGGCUUAUACGGAGUUCCACUCCCAUCGGGGCAGCAAAAGCACAAGGUGGAGACGACAAGGUAAUUAGGACAUAGACAGGUUACAAAUAUACAAUUAUAACAAAUAUACAAUUAGGGAAAUGUCAAACAGAUAUAAAUUGCCAUAAAUGGAACACAGAUUAAUCAUCAAACAGUGAUAAAGACAAUGUAAGUAUUCAUAGGAAGGAUAGAAACGUGAUCAUAACAAAUAAUGAUGUGAUUAAAACAGGAUCAGAUGAGAUUUUAAUGAUAUUUAAAGGAGUUGAGGGAUGAUAUUAAUUUUAGAGAUUAUUCCAUAGUUUCAGACCCUAAAAGUGACGUUAGACUGAUGACUAGAAGUUUGACAGGAAGGUAACUGAAGACGGACACUUUGUCUUGAGUCCACUCGCCGUCUGAAGCUCCAGUGUUCUCGUCUUAAUCAGGACCCACUUAAAGUCACUUUGAUUCUAGAUUCACAUAGAAAACCUUCACAGAUGUCUCACUCUGACCUCUCUCCAGUUUACUGCUUUGAACGUGACACCACUCUCAGUUUGAUUGGCUUUAGUGGUCCAGUGAGGCCUUGAGGGUCCAUCUCCAAAGGGAUCUAGGAAACGUAGAGAUGCACUAAAUUAGAUGCUUUUUUUUCAGUCUGUGAAGUUUAAUUAUUAAAAGAAUUCAGCGGACAUGAUGUUCAGAUUUAAAAUAAAAUAACAUGAAUAAAUAAAAACCUCCGUCUCGUCGCAGACUAAGAAGCUGUAGUCCUGUAGAACUUCCACCAGAGCCAGUUUAACCAUCAGCAGAGCAAACCUCAUCCCGAUACAGUUCCUGGGCCCGGCGCCAAACGGCAAGUAAGAGUACGGCUUUAUGUUCGGUUUGUUCUCUUUACUGAAUCUGAAUCAGAAACAACACAGACAUCUUGGAAUGGUUACGUUACAAAUACAUGGAAAAUGUAAAUGAAGGAGGAUCAGUACAACAGGUGUGUAGAUGCUCGCUACCUGUCAGGUCGGAACUCUUCUGGUUCGGGCCAAAACUCUGGGUCACGGUGGAGAGCGUAGACCGGAACCAUAACAACUAAGUCCUUUGGGAUGGUGAUCCCGUUGACCUUCACGGUUUCUUUGGCUACUCGUUCUAAACGUGCGGCUGGAGGGUAGAGCCUUUGGAAAGAAGGUGAAGGUUUUUUUUAAUGAGUUUGGUCAGAGAGACAAACAUUCAAUUUAUACGGCGUACAUCAAAGAAGGGUCUGUUCUUGAAAUAAAUAUAUAAAAACACAAA